AUGGACGCCCUCGGAGGACACUGGACCCUUGGCUUUGCUGCAGUUUCUUCUGCCACCUGGUGCCCACGGCUUCAGGCUCCAUCUGUUUGUCCAGGACAGGGCAAGCAGAGCCCAGGACGUGCCCAAGAGCUGAGGGUCAGGGUGAGAGGUCCAGGGGGAGCUUCUUCUGUGCCUCUCAAACAAGCGGAGGUUAAACUGGGUCACUCCCAUGGGGGGCUUUGCCCAGGGAGGGUAAGUGAGGCGAGGGGACUGAGAUGCAGCCGCGUGUUCGGGGUGGCCCUGCCGCCCGGGUGGGCACAUGGCCGGGGCACAGCUCCAAGAGGAUCCUGUGCAGGCGGGUGACUCAGGGUCUUGUGGCACGGCCACGUCACAGCGUGAAAUUGCUCCUCCCGGGCAUGUCAGGCGGGGCUGGGGACAGGACUUGGGGGGGUGCGGUUCCCCUCCCACCCUCCAGCCCAUAAACCUGGCGGGUGGCAGCCCUGCGCCGAGGCGGCUUCUUCCCGGCACCGACCAUGAUGCUUGGGACCAUGGGCCAACUGUGGCUCUGGCUUGCCAUCCUGGCCAGGCUCUCGGGGAUUGUGGCCCAGGAAGACCUGUACCGAAAGGUGUUCGUCUUCCGCAAUGACCCCAGCGACGCCUACGUGGUGCUGAGGGUGAAGCCAGAGCAGCCGCUGCAGAACUUCACCGUGUGCCUGCGGUCCUACACCGACCUGACGCGGCCCCACAGCCUCUUCUCCUAUGCCACCAAGGCGCAGGACAACGAGAUCCUCCUCUUCAAGCCCAAGCCCAGCGAGUAUCGGCUCUAUGUGGGGGGCAAGUUUGUGACUUUCCGGGUCCCCGAGGGCCGCGGAGACUGGGAGCACGUCUGCGCCAGCUGGGAAUCAGCCACCGGCAUCGCUGAGUUCUGGCUCAACGGGAAGCCCUGGCCCCGCAAGGGGCUGCAGAGGGGCUACACGGUGGGGGCGGAGGCAGCCAUCCUGCUGGGGCAGGAGCAGGACGCCUUCGGGGGCGGCUUCGACGUCUAUAACUCCUUCUCGGGCGAGCUGGCCGAUGUCUACCUGUGGGACGUAGGGCUGUCCCCAGACAAGAUGAGAUCUGCCUACCAGUCCCUGCGGCUGCCGCCCGCCCUCCUGGCCUGGAAGAGCCUGAGCUUCGAGCUGAAAGGCGAUGUGGUGGUGAAGCCCCGGCUCCGGGAGGCGCUGGGGCCGUGACAGCCGGCCGGGCCUGGGGCUGGGGUGGCCUCAGACCCUGCUCUCCCCUCCCUAUCCCCAUCACCCCUCCACCUCUGCAACCUGCCAAGGAGAAGGUGCUGU